AUGACAAUUGCCAGGGAAAAGAACAACAUAGCAGGAGGAAAAGAGACGAAAAAGGGGACAACGACAAAAUCAAGCAGGGGUGCAAAAAAAGUCAAAACCCCGCUAAAGCAAAGAAGGAGGACGGAGAGUAUAGGAGACAAAGCAAAAGCGAAGGCAAAAACGCGACUACGCCGUAACGAGAACCUGGCUGCAAAUACACCAGUGGACGGGCCCAAAGUCUAUUCGCACCAGAAAGAGGGUCAGGCAGAUCAACAGGCUCCAGACUUCAAACUUCAGGCUUCUGACCCUCGUGAGACCAGCUCCGGCGUGACUCGGCUUUGCAAGGAAUUUGGGGACUACCUGAGUAACAGUCCGUGCGAUGUAGAUCUGCUUCAGAUCUGGGUACUUAGACCAGCAGUGGCGCGAGACAACGGGCUUUUGUGUCUUGGACCCGUUCUGCAUCAUGUCGAUAAUGCAACCACCAGGUCCUCUUCUACGAGACGCCAACUCAAAGCAGGGCUGACAGAGGAUCAACGGCGUAGCGCUCAGAGCAUGCCCUGGCCCGGGACUGAUGUUGACGUUGAGAUUGAUAUGACUGUCAGUUGUCAGUUGUGGCGGAGUGUCAUGACCCGUCGUGUGCGUCGUUCUCCGAUUUGGGGAUGCCUGAAAGAGAAAAGCCCCCGUGGGGUGUUCAGUACGGAGCUCAAUGGCGCUUACUCGAUUGGUAUAAAGGAUGAGGAAGGUACAUGUCUUUGGUCUCAGGAGCGCGGCAACAUCAAGUACAUGGCUCCCGCCUGCCCAUGA